AUGAGAAACCCUUUGUAGUGGAGGACACCUACUUACUCUGCCCAGCACCUGUCUUACAAGAAGCUGGCAUGGAAGCUGCUCUUCAAGUGAGCAUGAACGAUGGCCUCAGUUUCAUCUCCAGCUCCGUCAUCAUCUCCAGCACGCACUGUUCUGAUGGGACCAUUCUGGCAAUUAUCUUGCUGAUCCUCUUCAUUCUGUUGGCUCUGGCGCUUCUGUGGUGGUUCUGGCCACUUUGCUGCACUGUGAUUAUUAAGGAGCCCCCACCACCUCCGAUGGAAGACAGCGAGGAGGAAGAUGAUGAUGGACUUCCCAAGAAAAAGUGGCCGACGGUGGAUGCUUCCUAUUAUGGUGGGCGUGGAGUUGGAGGCAUUAAGCGGAUGGAGGUUCGUUGGGGAGAAAAGGGAUCAACCGAAGAAGGGGCGAAGCUGGAGAAGGCCAAGAAUGCACGAGUCAAGAUGCCAGAACAAGAGUAUGAGUUCCCAGAGCCAAGGAAUCUUGGAAGCAGCAUACGCAGGUCCUCCUCACCACACAAGUGGUAUUCUCCUAUCAAGGGAAAGCUGGAUGCCCUCUGGGUUCUUCUGAGGAAAGGUUACGACCGAGUGUCCGUCAUGCGACCACAGCCAGGAGACAAGGGACGCUGCAUUACCUUCACCCGAGUGAAGACCUUCCAGGCACCACCCAAGUACCCGCUCAAACACCUACCUCCCCCCCCCCCCCCCCCCCNGCUGCUUCCGCCCCCUCCUCAUGCUCCUCCCCCCAACCGGGCUCCGCCUCCUUCCCGCCCCCCUCCCCGCCCUUCCAUCUAA